AGGCAAGCCCCAGGCUAAGUAUAAGGUAAGGAGAUAGAAGUCCCGCGGAAACCGGCACGGAUCUUUGGCGCGGUCUUUUCAGCCCCAUCAGCCUUUCUUAUCGCUUAUCGGACCAUGAAUUUGAGAGUCCACGGCUGGCGGCGCUCCGGAAUUGUCACCCUCAUCUGCAUGUUUCUCCUCACAGCCACCAUGGUAGGCAUUCUCGCAGGGUCCAAAAACUUCGCCGCAAACAAGGUCUGGGACGCGUACGCGGACAAAUACGACGGCGACUCCAACAAGGUUAUCUACGCUGGGACUUGUGAUCGAACGACAGCUCUAAAUAUGGGCCUCCAUCUGCUCAUCAACGCCGUUUCUACACUGAUGCUUGCAUCAAGAAACUUCUUCAUGCAAAUCCUCUGCUCGCCGACUCGCAGCGACCUCGAUGAAGCACACCGUAACCACAAGGUGCUGGAGAUUGGCGUCCACUCACCGAUGAACUUGCUUCGACUGCCGUUUCUACGCUCUCUUGGCUGGCUUCUGCUGGCAUUUACGUCGCUGUCGCUGCAUGUCGUGUUCAACAGCGUGGUUACGGAAACAAAAGCAUCUACAAAUCUACACCUCGUCAUUGCUUCGGAAAGUUUCAUCCAGGGCGGGAAUUUCAUAACCUUUGUAAAUGCGCCACUCAUGUGCGGCUCACCAGAGGCGGAAGACGACGGCUAUAUUCAAGAGAGCAUACGGGAGACCCUGCUAAGCAUUGCCGGCAACGCAAGCGGCUGGGAUUACGUGGCAGUCUCAAAGUGCUACGAAAGGUAUACCGAUCCUUACCGCCCCGCCGUCGAUUACCGCCACGUUGUCCUCAUUGUUUCGAACCGGGACGACGAGAAAACUGUGGAUUGGACGUUAGAAGACGACAUAUGCAGUGACGCUUCCCUGAUUCCAGUGAUUAAUCGCGGCCGCGGACCGACUAGCAUGCUCCUGAGAGAGGAACUUUGGAGAAGCUAUAAUGGAAUUUCGAAGCGAAUAGGCGAUUACGUUGGGACGGGAUUGCCGUCCAUCAGAGAGUGGGAGGAGACGAGAGGCCUAUUCGAGUACUACACCGGAGCGGAUUUCGACCCCGCGACAGGCCACUUUACAUUUGGGCUGGCCGGUUGGCAGCGCGAGUAUGCGAACGUUAAUCCGGGCUUAGAGCUGAAAGUGCGGUACUGUCUCUCCGAGCCGGUGGAGCUCCAAUGCGAGAUCCUCGUCAUCGACAUUUUUUUUAUGGCGGUCACGAUUGCCUGCGCUAUCAAGUUCGCCCUGGCGUUAGCGAUCCUAACGCUGCACGACAGAUCGAACAGCUCGCUUGUCCUCCUGGGCGAUGCCAUACAAUCUUUCCUCCGGAAGCCGGACGCAUGCACGUCCGGGAAAUGCCUAUGGAGCAAAACGGACUUUACAAAACCUUCUCAAGAGAACGCAGAUCCCCGGGCAUUCCACAACGCUCCUAGAAGGUUAAGGGAGGCCGUGACUAUGCGCAUGUGGUGCGCUUCGUACAUUUUUACCGUCGCGCUUUGCGGGAUAUGGAUCGCCGUGCUCGUUCUCGCCGCGCAGCAGGUUCCCAUUACAACCUCAAGGUUCGGAAGCGAUGUCCGCAACGGCGUCGAUACUCUUAUCACACCCGACCACUAUGUGGACUGGGGCCACCGUGCAGUCAUAAUUCCCCUCCUUUCCAGCACGCCCCAGCUCGCGCUCUCAAUCUGGUACGUCGUCUACAACGAUAUUUUCAUGCGCCUGUUCUCCGAGCAAGAAUGGGCGUGCUUCGGUUCCCAUUUUCACGCACUCCGAGUCACGGAUCCAGCGGGGAAGCAGCGCGUGCCAUGCUGCAUUGGCUUCUCUCUAGCUCGAUAUACCCCAUCUAUCUUAAGGGGUACGACGCCGACAUAGACUCGUCCGAGAAAAAGGAAUGCAUGGGUACAUCAAGCAUAGCAAUGCUCAUCACCUUGAUUGUCUUCGUGCUGGCUUCGAUGGCACCCAUUAUCGUCGCGAGGCGGAAAAUGCUUGGCAACAUGCCGCUGUAUGGGAACAGCUCGGCUGUUAUAUCUGCAGCAUGCCAUAAGGCGGCAGAUUUGGAUGUAAUUCUUCGAU